UUGCAAUAUUUUUUAUCCUCUUUGCUUCCAAUUCUUAUUUUAGAUUGGUCCAAUGCCAACUUAUGCCCAUUGUUAGUAAUGAUCAAGUCGAGACAUACAUAGUUUUUGUAGAAGAGCCUCUAGGAGGAGCAAAUCUAUUGAAUGAUGAAGAGCUCGCAAAUUUUCAUCGAUCAUUUUUGCCAAACAAUAGUCUAGACUUUGGCAAAGAACGGAUGAUCUAUUCGUAUCGCCAUGCGAUUAGUGGAUUUGCUGCAUUGUUGACAGCCGAUGAAGUUUUAGCCAUAGAAACAAAGCCGGGUUUUUUGUUCGCUCGCCUGCGAGAAGAGCUUAGAGCUCAAACAACAUACACUCCCCAAUUUAUGGGCUUGAGUGAAGCAGGAGGGUUAUGGUAUAGUUCUCAAUAUGGAGUGGGAAUGAUCAUUGGAGUGAUCGACGACGGAAUUACCCCAACACAUCCUUCUUUCCAGAAUUUUGACGAAUUGCCAGCUCCGCCUAGUACUUGGUUUGGCACUUGUUGGUUUGGUCCAGAUGUAUGCAACAACAAGCUUAUCGGUGCAAUGGCAUUCCAGAACGGCGGUAAUCCAUCACCACUUAGUGACACAGGUCAUGGGACACAUUGUGCUAGCACGGCGGGCGGAACCCCAGCUUUAUGAUGCUGGAGUCCUCGGCCAAGCUAAAGGCAUGGCAGUAGGAACUGCACCGAAAGCUCAUCUCUCCGUUUACAAAGUAGUGUUUGAAGGCCGAGGAUGGGAUUCUGAUUUUCUAGCAGGCAUAGACCAAGCUAUUCGUGACGGUGUCCACGUGCUCUCGAUGUCUCUGGGUUCCGGACCAAAACACUUCCAUGAGAGUGGAAUUGCGGUGUCUUCUUUUCUCCGCUAUAACUCGAGGAAUAGUUCCUUGUGCUGCAGUGGGAAAUGAAGGGCCAAUAGCGAGUUACAUUUCGAAUGAUGCUCCAUGGAUUUUAAGUGUCGGGGCUAGCACCACGGAUAGAAGGAUAAAGGUAACCUUGAAGCUGGGUAACGGAAUGGAAAUCGAUGGUGAAUCCGC